AUGGAAGAUGAAAGCCAUGGCACUUUGCCAAAUGGAUUCAACUCAGGAAGCCCCGAAAGCCCUUGCUUAAAGACCACCAACUCCAACUCCAACACCACCACCACCACCACCCCAACCACACACACCAACAACAACAACAUCAUCAAUAACCAUAAUAACAACAACAACACUAACCACAACAAAGAACAAGACCGGUUUCUCCCCAUUGCCAAUGUCGGAAGAAUCAUGAAAAAAGUUAUCCCUUCCAAUGGAAAAAUCUCCAAGGAUGCCAAGGAAACUGUCCAAGAGUGUGUCUCCGAGUUCAUCAGCUUUGUCACCGGAGAAGCCUCCGACAAAUGCCAAAGGGAGAAGAGAAAGACCAUCAAUGGAGACGAUGUCAUAUGGGCCAUCACAACCCUAGGCUUUGAGGACUACGUCGAACCCUUGAAAAUUUACCUUCAGAAAUACAAAGAGAUUGAAGGAGAAAAACUUAACAUUCCAAAGCAACUUCGUUCUGAACAAAGGCUACAACAACACCAGCAAAACAAUACUAAUAAUAACAACAAUAACAAUAAUAAUAACAUUAACAAUAAUAAUGUUAAUAACCAAGAUGAGACUAAUCAACAAUUCAAUGCUGCAUAUGCCUCACAAAAUCUCAUUUCUCAGCCUCCAUAUGUGGCCACUGAUCAGAAGUUUUCACUUCCCUUCUCUCCAAACUCAAUUCAGAAUCACCAGAUUGAUUCAAAAAAGCAGCGGUUGAAGCUCUUCGUUCACUUCGAACUCAGAUUCGUUUUGAAUCUCUUCUCUCAGAAACGAUGGUUGCAUGUUAUGGAUGUGUCGCAUGGUGUUUCAGAAACAUGUAUUGCUAAACUAAUCGUCCGGUUUAUCGUUUUAGAAAACUAG